AUGACGAGCGCUCCCAUAGAAGUCAACUUGGCCGAUAAAGGCGACGCGAUCAAGCAAGACGACGCGACCGAGGAAGUCAUCGCUCCGAUGGAAAACAACACUGCUGUUGAGGAUGGCGCGCCUGUGGAGGACAACACCUUCCAGGAAGCCGGCGCUCUCACGGGUGACGACACUGAGGAAGAGGCCGCCUUCCGCCAUAUCCUUCAGGUCUUCGCGGAGUCUGGAUUCAUCCUCGGCGCAGUCAAGUAUCCCGGUGCGCCCGGAAAAUGGCCUCAACUCGACUCGGACGAGGACCGACACUUCAGUCUGCGUGAGACCUCGACCGGCAUGACGGAAUGGAAGGUAGCCACCAGAUCCGAGCCGCCGACCCCUAACAUGCGAUUCUGGUACCUUCUCCGCCCCUGGUUCAACGACAAACAGUGGCACCCGCUGUCCGAUCUCGACUUGGUGACCCGUCAAAAGAUCUACUUGGUCAAGCGCCAUGUCAUCGACUCCGCCACGUCCGGGCUUAUGAGGCUCACGUGGCCUGGAACUGUUGGCUUCGGCAUACGUAUCAGGCGCGACUGGCUUACUGGCCGCGCUAUUGUCGAGUUGUAUAUGUAUAACAUCAAAUGGUCUAGGGUCGCGGUCGAGUCUAGCAAUGCUUGCGAUACAGUCCUCGAGGCCUUGCUUUACUUGAUGGUCAAGGUGGAAAAGCUCUGUGACGAUAGCAGCGCAGAAGGUUGGGACGUCCUUUUACCGUGCACUCCCCAAGCAUUCUAA